CUCGGCUCAAGUCCUGCUCUCCCCAGAACUUCUUCUGACCUAGCGAUGGAGAAAAAGGCCCCACCUGGGCCCCACCUGGUUUUGGAAUCUGGGGUCAGGUGGCUACAACUUGCAGUUUCCUUUAUGAUUGCCUCUCGGAUCUGCUAAAGCCCUGGGAGGUGGACAGAACGCCCUUCUGAUCCCUAGCUGACAGAUGCAGAAAAGCCAAGGCUUAGACCAAAGAGGCUCAGGCCAAGUCCCAGGCAGAACGGUGGCAGAGCUGGGAGGAGAUUCAGUUUGUGAGGGUGGGGGACGGUCAUUCCUGGAGGAAUAGGGGCGCCCUUGGCAGGCCCUGACUAUGCAGCCCCACCCCCUCAUCCGUGGCCUGUUCCUGAUCUGCCUGAGGCCCCUCCUCCUUGGCCCUCACCCCAGGAGAGAACCCCUAGGCACAGGGAGGAGUGCCAGGACCCAGGGCACCACCUGGCUGAGCCCUCAAGAAUGGAGGGGUGGAGCUGGGAGCCUCGACAUGGUCCUGUGGAAGGACUCAGACAGACUGCAGCAGAGCCGGGAUGUUGCAGGUCCAGUUGUGCGACUGUGUAUCUGAGAUGAUGUGCGACUUCCUGGCUUUAUCUCUAGGAACUGCUCACACCUGUGCCCCAAAGAUGAGGGCUGAGGAGGAGCCUGAGGGCCGGACACAGCACAAGUCCCUGGGCUCAGCACCGACCUCCACGAAGGACCCCACUGUGUCCCUACCCACAGAAUCCAGGUUUGACAUGUUGUAUAAGAUCGAGGACCUGCCACCCUGGUACCUGUGCAUCCUGUUGGGCUUCCAGCACUACCUGACCUGCUUCAGCGGCACCAUCGCCGUGCCUUUCCUCCUUGCUGAGGCGCUGUGUGUGGGCCGCGACCAGCACACGGUCAGCCAGCUCAUAGGCACCAUCUUCACCUGCGUGGGAGUCACCACCCUCAUCCAGACCACGCUGGGCAUACGGCUACCACUGUUCCAGGCCAGCGCCUUUGCAUUUCUGGUCCCAGCUAAAGCCAUCCUGGCCCUGGAGAGAUGGAAAUGCCCCCCGGAAGAGGAGAUCUAUGGUAACUGGAGUCUGCCCCUGAACACCGCUCACAUCUGGCACCCACGGAUACGAGAGGUCCAAGGUGCAAUCAUGGUGUCCAGCAUGGUGGAGGUGGUGAUCGGGCUGACAGGGCUCCCUGGGGCCCUGCUCAGCUACAUUGGGCCUCUCACGGUCACCCCCACUGUCUCCCUCAUUGGCCUCUCUGUCUUCCAAGCUGCUGGUGACAGAGCUGGCUCCCACUGGGGCAUCUCAGCUUUCUCCAUCCUCCUGAUCGUCCUCUUCUCCCAGUACCUGCGCAACCUCACCCUCCUGCUGCCCGCCUACCGCUGGGGCAAGGGCCUCACUGUCUGCCGCAUUCAGAUCUUCAAGAUGUUUCCUAUCGUGCUGGCCAUCAUGACCGUGUGGUUGCUCUGCUACGUCCUGACCCUGACGGAUGUACUGCCCACAGACCCCACGGCCUAUGGCUUCCAGGCGCGAACAGACGCCCGCGGUGACAUCAUGGCUAUUGCGCCCUGGAUCCGCAUCCCCUAUCCCUGUCAGUGGGGCCUGCCCACGGUGACCGCGGCUGCUGUCCUGGGAAUGUUCAGUGCCACACUGGCGGGCAUCAUUGAGUCCAUUGGAGAUUACUAUGCUUGUGCCCGCCUGGCUGGUGCUCCGCCCCCUCCAGUACAUGCUAUCAACAGGGGAAUCUUCACCGAAGGCAUCUGCUGCAUUAUCGCUGGGCUGUUGGGCACGGGCAAUGGGUCUACCUCCUCCAGCCCCAACAUCGGCGUCCUGGGGAUUACCAAGGUGGGCAGCCGGCGCGUGGUGCAGUACGGUGCGGGCAUCAUGCUGGUCCUGGGCACCAUUGGCAAAUUCACUGCCCUCUUUGCUUCGCUGCCCGACCCCAUCCUGGGGGGCAUGUUCUGCACCCUCUUUGGAAUGAUUACAGCCGUGGGGCUGUCCAACCUGCAGUUCGUGGACAUGAACUCAUCUCGCAACCUCUUCGUGCUGGGGUUUUCCAUGUUCUUCGGGCUCACGCUGCCCAAUUACCUGGAGGCCAACCCUGGCACCGUCAACACAGGCAUUUCUGAAGUGGACCAGAUUCUAACUGUGCUGCUGACCACGGAGAUGUUCGUGGGUGGCUGCCUUGCUUUCAUACUGGACAACACAGUGCCAGGGAGCCCAGAGGAGCGAGGUCUGACACAGUGGAAAGCUGGGGCCCAUGCCAACAGUGAGAUGUCUGCUGGCCUCAAGAGCUAUGACUUCCCCUUUGGGAUGAGCGUGGUAAAAAGGAUUGCCUUUCUGAAAUACAUUCCUAUCUGCCCAGUCUUCAAAGGAUUUUCUUCAAGGCCAAAAAACCAGCUUCCAGUUCCAGAAGACACUCCAGAAAAUAUAGAAACUGCAUCUGUGUGCACCAAGGUUUGAAAAAUUACUUCCAGGAAAGGAAGCAUGGUAUAUAACAGGAAAAGAAAACUACAUGGGGAGUAAGAAGACCUAAGUUGGAAUCCCAGCUCUGCCCCUAACUUCCUUCCUAUGUAAGCCUACGUAAGUCACUCUAUCUGGGACUGUUUUUACAUCAGACAGUGGAAGAAUGGGCCAAAGCCUCUUAAGAGACAUGCACCACCAUUAUUCUGCAUCUCUAAAUUUUUAAUUUCCUAAGCAGACAUGUCAGCAUAUAGGCAAUGGCUGGAAAAUUUCCUCUACCACAUCUUGGAAUCCAAGCUGAUAACGAG